AUGCUUUUCUCUACCUCAUUCUCCCUCUCCUCAUUCCUCAUCUCUACCUCUCUUCUCCAAGCACAUCCAACCUUCGCCACCCCAAUCGACUCUUCCCUCACUCCCCGCGCCGCUGCACAAUCCUGCUCCGGCGACUUCUCCGGCAAAGCCUACGGCGUCCUCGCCUGCGCCGACGUCACCUUCCUAGAUUCCAACAGCGUCAACGUCGUCCUCACCGUGCGGGACACCCGCGGCGAUUCUAACGACGUCUACGGCUGGUACCAUGUGUACGGCGCGGACGGUCGGACCCAAGUCCUGCCCCGGAUUGGCAAGCUGAGGAACGACAUUGGUGUCGGCAAUACUAUUUCGCAUACCUUGAGGUUCGAUUAUCCGGGUGGGUAUAGGAUUGUGGGGGUUAGGGCUUUCGCGUGUGUGGAUGAUGCUGGUGGGGAUACUUGUGCUCCUGGUGGGAGGACUGUCGCGCCGUAA